UAUAUAUGUUUUAACGACGUCGUCGCUAUGUUAUGUUACUAGACUACCGUUAACUCUUCAAGUUAACACUCUCAGCUAUGCGUUUAAUAACGAACAACAUGUGAUAACGUGUCAACAUAAACGUUUCAAAUGUCGACGAGGAGAAAUCCAAACGUCGACGCCUUUCUUCCCAAUAACGAUUUUAACGGGAAUGGAGGCAUAAAAGAUUCAAGUGCAAGCGGACGACAAAUCAACGGUGAACCGCUUAGCGAUGAAAUCAAUAUACGGAUCGGAUUGCGCCAAAGCGAGCGGAAAGACCCGAAUGCCUCUGAAAAAACUAACGCUUUUUGGAAAGAAGUUUUAGACGCCAAUAGCGCGGAAUUACAAGAGACUGUGCUUGCGAUUCAAGAUGAGAACAAUGCGUUGAGGAGAUGCUUACAGCUAAUGCAGGAAAACAGCAGCCUCAAGGCGGCCAAUGUUCUUGGGGCGGCGCUUUCAAUUCUGGAUGACAAAUUGCGUUACUUUGUAACAGGUAAACUUCUUACAAAUAGUCAAACGACCGUUAGGAAAGGAGAGCCAAAGAGCAUACAAAGUUCUCCUCACACGUCGGUUAAAUCGACAGGAAGCAAUAAACGCAACAGAGGGCAGAUUCCGUUAGGUCCAAAACGGAAGUCUAUUGCGACACCUGCGCAGUCUGUGGGCGGAACUAACCGACAUGUGCGGGCGGGUUCUCGCAGCUUCGGACAAUCUUUCCCAGAGAUAGAUUACAACGACAUAGCGCACUCAACGGCACGUAACCAAACACUAUUACCAGGCUCCCAACCGGAUGCUGUAUCCCCUAGUUACGGGGCGUCGUUUCGGGAGAUGAGUUACAGAGACACGGAACCUUCCAAUACGUCUAGGGUCGUAUCCAUUCCCAACUCACCGCUGGUCGUUACGAUUGAACAUAAGUCGCCCGGUUCUGAUUCUCGGAGUUAUGGAAAAUCGUUUCAAGAGAUAAACUACAGCGAUUUGGCGCAGUCACCCACGUCUAACCGUGAAUCGGUCUCAGACUCCCCUGUUGUAGUGAAAAUAAAUCGCCGCACUGUUUUUCCUGAAUCGCCAAGCUAUGGGCAAUCAUUCCGUGAGAUGACAUACAGCGACAUCGCCGACAGAAGGUCGUUCGCAGUAGCAAAUGGGUCGCCAACCGUCGGAAACAGUUGUGACACUUGUUUGAGUCCAACGCCCAAUUCUCCUAGCUACGGGAAGGCGUUUCAAAGUGUCAAUAUUAGCGAUUUAAACGACCGUUUAAGCGACUCCGUACCACAAUGGGAAGCUUCACGACAAGAACCAAUCUCCAACACCAAACGCCAACGCACGCAAAUAUCCGCUGCAAAACCGCCUAUGAAAUUUGGUCUGAACCCCAGUCCGCUCCAAAGCAGGGUCAGCGCGCGCACCGAACAACGACCGCGGUCAGCCGACAAUUCUCGACAGCAUGCGUUCAAUGGUGGGAACCAAACAAUACAGGAUUCACGUAGGAACGUUAUUGUACCCUGGGGUUCAGCUGAUGUUACGCAUUACUGUGCUAGCUGCAAGGAAAUCCUUAAGCCAUCCUGUCGGUGUAAAACGUCGAAUGGAUUUAAAACAAACGACACCUAUGCUGUAGAACAAUCGACACCUCAAAGACUCAAUUGGCGUUUCGAUGAUGCCCCAUCACAACAAGCGGAUGAAACGCUAUCUACUGUUGUCAACACGUCUUAUACCAACAGCGUUGACAACGAUGGCGUGCUAGGUGAUAACGCUGCUAAUGAACACGACUUUUCCGUUUCGGAUUACAUAGGAAACGACCCUGAGCCAAGGCAAAUUGUAGGAUAUGGCAGCAAACGAAUGGCAGAAAACGAUUUGUCUAUGACGAAGGACUCGUUAGAAAAUAGUUUUGCUAUAAAUACCAUACGAUGGGCGGAUGAGACUUCUCCGGCUCAGGCCAAUGUUCUAUCCAGCGCAUCAUACACUGCGGCAGCAGCUCACAGUGGCAGAACUGUCGUCCCUUCAUCAAGAAACGAGAGACCCGAAAACAACAAACAGCAGCCGAUCUACGAUCAACAUGACAGUGGAGUGCAUGGUACCCAAUUAGGUCCAAUACAGAAGUCUACCCAAACACCUGCGACGUCUAUGGGCGGAACCAUCAGACAUGCACAGUCGGAUUCUCCGAGCUUCGGACAAUCUUUCCCAGAGAUGGAUUUCAGCAACAUAGCGCACUCGACGGCACGUAAUCACCAAACACCGGCGAUGUCUAGGGGCGGAACUAACAGACAUGUGCAGUCGGGUUCUCCGAGCUACGGACAAUCUUUCCCAGAGAUGGAUUUCAGCAACAUAGUGCACUCGACGGCACGUAAUCACCAAAUAGUGGCACGCGGCUCCCAAACGGAUCCAAUGUCGAAACAAUUUACCCAGGUUAGAGAGUUGAAUGAGCCCGUUCCAGAAGACAGACGCGUCCCCGUGUUGACGCCGGCAAGCCAUCAAGCGCUGGGAAUGCCACAGGCCGCAUCGACGCCGGUACCCUCCCCGGGUAAUCGCGGUAAUAGUGGUGAGUCGUACUUAACUACAAACCUCUCGAGCGGUAACCUCUCUGUUAGCUCGGGUGGAGCCCAUAUGACCGUCGGGAAGGAUGUGCAGACUUCCAGUCAACCAGUGAAUAAACAUGUGGCUGACAAUGUGACCUUCAAGUCCGGUUCGAACCCACAAUAUUUGGGCACGGGCAGUGUCAUUGAAGCGGUAACAGGGAAAAGCUCAUCCUCUGACAAUUUGUCCGUGGACUGUCUUUUCACGCACGCUUCCUCGAAAAAGUCUUCCGGAAGACAAGACCAUACGGACGACUCACUAGUGCACAUAUUAGGGCUGAAGGGCGAUGGUUCUUUGGAGAAAGCAAAGUAUGUCUUCAAUCGACCUGUUGACCAACUUACGGGCUACUUGCCCCAUAUUACCUAUGACGUCAGGAACUCGAUUUCAAUACUGUGUUCGUCACGUCACCACGCUCGACUGAUAGGGGAGGUAGCGUUCCAGUUGGACAGACGAAUCCUUGAGCACGUAUUUAGUGACGUUACAAGUGGGCAUACGGCACGAGGAAGGUCAAGGUUUUACGGGUACAGCGUUGCCAAUGUGAACGAACUCAUCGAACGGGAAGACCAGGCACUCCAAAAGGAAGGAGCUCUAGGGGCUUCGCUACACCAUAAGCUGAAGGCCUUGCUAAGCGACCUAGCCUCGUUCUCGUACAACAUCCGACAUCACGGCGAGUUUACGCGGGAAAUGGUGAAUAAGUACGGUCUGCUCGUUACCACCCCUGACCCGGAAACCGUCGAGAGACUCGGCUUGAAUGACCCCGGUACUCUGCGACUUCUGAUUGGUCGAAUAUUAAGGAAGAAGGAGGAGUUUGAAGAUAUGCUUAUCAUUCUGGAUUGUCUUUGUUUUAUUGCAUAUAAGGAAAACGCUCCUUUACUCAUGUGGUAGUGCAAUCGACCGUUUUCACUUUUUUUGCGGACGAACAUCUUAAAAUACUCGCAAGUUGUUUGUUUAAUCCGUAUUAAGGACCCAUUAUUUACAAGCAAUAUAUUAGAAUAUGUUAUACUAUAUUAACUGUUGAUAAUGCUGCUGACUUUGUCUGAAUUAUGUCGCAAUUUAAUAAAUUAUGAAAUUACAA